AUGCCGUCCUCAAUUCGUCACCUCCCAAUCACCCGCCCUGACCAGCGCUACUGGAAGGCGAAGGGUUACUAUGCCGAUGUGAAAGCCGAGAACGUGAACGAUUUCACCGACGCGGCCAAAGAAGAUCCCGAUAUGAACGGUGGCUAUGUCAGCCCUCCCGCCCAGCAACGUAUCUUGCGUGACCCGUAUGCUCCGUGGUGGGAUGAGCAAGACAGACGAAUGUACGGCGAGCCGGUUCAUGAGGACAACGACAUACUUGGCGUCUUCUCCCCAGAUCCGUACCCCCAUCUCCCGCCGAAGAAAGCGUUCGGCGGAAUCGCCUGCUUCAUUGCCUUCAUCGGCGGGGUUGCAGGGCUCUGCUCGCUCACAUACCCAGACCAGCCCGCGGUGGAACGGAGAUUUCCGGGAGGGUUGGACCGAGAACUGGGAGGUCCAGGUGCGGUUCCGGCAUUGGCGGAGUGA